CCCGUGACAGGAAGUGAAUCCCGGAAGUAGGCGCCCAUUGAAACAUCACGUCAAAAGCGAGUCGGGCGUUAAAUUGGAGAGAUCAAACGGGCGCGCUUCGUCAUGAGGAGUCGUCGGUGACUUUGUGCGGGUUUACGCGAGGGCGCUGCGGCGAGAAACCGGGUCAGAGGUCAGGAGAAGGGUCUCGAGAUGUUUUUGAACGAUGCGGAUGCGCGGCUUUGGACUGACGUGUGUUAGCGCGCGUGCACCGGGACCGACUGACAGCUGAUCCCCUCGUUAUUUCCCGCACCGGCAUGCCGAUGAGCGGCUCCUGCUCGUGUGAGUGCCGUGAUUGAUGCAGUAAGAUGUUCCCCAAGACGUCCCUGACGAGUCUGAUCGUGGGGGUCUUCCUCCUCUACGUGCUGCACACAUGCUGGGUCAUGUACGGGAUCGUUUACACCAAACCCUGCGAGAAACCCAAGAGUGACAGCUGUAUAUCUCCCUACCUGGCCGGGAAGCCCCGACUGCAGCUGAGCGUCUACACUGCAUUAAGACCUAACGCUGACGGUGGACACAGCCUGAUCCACAGAGAGGAAGAGUUUGAUGUGAACACCAGGUUUGAGAGGUUAGUUAAUGUGUCUCUGCCGAAGAAGACCCGCAAAAACGGCACGCUCUACGCCAUGGUGUUCCUGCACCAGGCCGGCGUCUCUCCGUGGCAGGAUCCGCACCAGGUGCAUUUAGUGACGCAGCUGACCGCGUACAUGCUGCCCAAGCCUCCGGAGAUCAGCCUGAUCGCGGGCCAGGACGAGCCACAGGAAGCGGAGCGGCAGAAGCGGGGCGGCGACUCCGAGCUGGACCGGCCCGUUUCUCACUGGCGCUCGCGGCUGACCGUCAACGUGGUGUCCGAGAACUUCCUGUUUGAUCGAGAGGCGCUUCCUGGAGACGUGCACCGCUACAUGAGAGUAUACCAGAGCGGGAAGAAGAUGAUUUACCUGCCGCUGUUGUUUGUGGAUGAGCUGAGCAACAGAGUGAAGGAUCUAAUGGAGAUCAACAGCAGCUCCGCCGAACUGCCCCUGACCAUCUCCUACGACUCCAUCGCUCUCGGGAAACUGCGCUUCUGGAUCCAUAUGCAGGACGCCGUUUAUUCACUGCAGCAGUUCGGCUUCACUGAAAAGGAUGCUGAUGAAAUCAAGGGGAUAUUUGUGGACACUAAUCUAUAUUUCCUCGCACUCACCUUUUUUGUGGCCGCCUUUCAUCUCUUGUUUGAUUUUCUGGCUUUCAAAAACGACAUCAGUUUCUGGAAACACAAGAAGAGCAUGGUCGGGAUGUCCAGCAAAGCAGUGCUAUGGAGGUGUUUCAGCACUAUUGUGAUCUUCCUGUAUCUGCUGGACGAGCAGACCAGUCUCCUGGUCCUGAUUCCUGCUGGGAUCGGCUCUCUGAUAGAGGUGUGGAAAGUGAAGAAAGCUUUUAAGAUCCACGUCGUAUGGAGGGGCUUGACUCCCACGUUCCUGUUCGGGAAGCUGGACGAAUCUGAGAAGAGAACUGAGGAAUACGACACACUGGCGAUGAAGUAUCUGUCGUACCUGCUGUAUCCUCUGUGUAUCGGCGGAGCCGUUUACGCUCUCGUGUUUGUCAAGUACAAAAGCUGGUACUCCUGGAUUAUUAACAGUUUAGUCAACGGGGUGUAUGCCUUUGGAUUCCUCUUCAUGCUGCCUCAGCUCUUUGUAAAUUACAAGCUGAAAUCGGUUGCUCAUCUGCCCUGGAAAGCCUUCAUGUACAAGGCUUUUAACACGUUUAUUGAUGACGUCUUUGCAUUCAUCAUCACGAUGCCCACGUCCCACCGGUUGGCGUGUUUCAGAGAUGACGUGGUCUUCCUCAUAUACCUCUAUCAGAGAUGGCUCUAUCCAGUGGAUAAAACCAGAGUGAACGAGUACGGCGUGUCGUACGAUGAAAAGCCCAAAGGAAAAUCCCAUAAAGACUGACAUCCUCACGGCAGAACGGCUCAGCGCCGUCUUAAGAUCAGCCAUCGGAUUUAAUAACAGGACGUUUGUCUAUCUGAGCUAAUCGGAAAUUUAACAGGCUGAGACCGAGACACGCAUACAGAGUCCGGCAGCGCCAACGGUUGCUACUACGAAAGGCUUGGUUUAAUUUUACAGAAUGUAUUUCGAAGGGACCUUUAAUUCAGUCUCAGAUAGUGUUUUGAAUUUAAGAUCAUAUCACACGGGUGCCAAAAGACCAGAGUUUCAGAUUAUGCGAUUUUUUUUUUUUUGUUUUGAAUAUGGAUUAAUUUUUAGUAACAUGACUGUUGAUUGUGUGCUCAGAGAGAGUGAUGUGUGUUUGUUUCCGUGUUUCAUUCCAUUAAAAGUGUUUCUGUGAUUCAACUGCUUAAUUACAGAGACUUAAUUAAACAGUUUAUUCCUUCUA